AUGCAGCUAGAAAAGACUGGCCGAAGCAGGAUGAAUUCGAAAGCAUGUGAUCAAUGCUAUAGAUGCAAAGUCAAGUGCACAAUGGAGCUCAGUGGUUGCGGGCGCUGUCGACUGACGGGUGGCGUAUGCACGUACAGCCUGGGCAAAUGGAUGGGCCGGCCAAAGAAGUCGAGCCAGCUGACCUUGAAAGCUCAGGCAAGAGCGAUGAGAGAUACUGGAAGUGCCUCUAUAGAUCACAAGAGGAACCUUUCAAAAACACAACAAGAAUGGGAGCUGCUGUCAUCCGCUAUGAACGAUUCUGAAAUGAAUACUUUGAAUCAAGAUUCAAUAUCGUUAUUGUCGAUGGGCGAUAACAUCCUGGCCAAAGCUGAGGACUGCUACUCCACACCCGAUGAAUGCCUGAGUAUCAAUACUUCAGAUAAGAAGACAAGCCCCAGUUCCGUAUCUCCCACUUGGGCUCAAGUCAGAGAGACACCACCAAGAGGCAUAGAAAUCGGCAGCAUCUCAUCGCCACAGGAGUGCCAACAAGCCAGCUAUCAUAAGCAUCGAGACAAUUCAUACUCACAUCUGCCAACUCCACAGAGCCCAGGCUGUCCUAAUGACUUCAACUUUGGAAUAAUGGAUACGGAUUUCAUAGCUUCGUCAUCAGUUACCUUGAUAGGCAACAUCGAAAAGAACUUUGCGAUAUGUACUGAAGACAUUGAUGGCGGGCAAACACAUUCCGUGGUGGAAGAAGGAUCUACAUCUCCUAAUGAGCAAGCGUACCACUGCCAAUGCUCUCAAGUUGCGCUAGCUUGCCUCGACAAAAUCUCCAUAGUGCCGUCGGAAGCCCAGUCCAUCGACCGUCUCAACACCAUUCAGUCCGCCCUCAUGACUGCAGAGCGGCUGGUCCUCUGCACAGAUUGCCCACCAAACAUGACCAUCGCAAGAUGCUGCUUCAUCCUGGGAAACGCUCAUGAGCUGGUGAGUGAUGUGACCUCCCACGCAGGAGACGCAUCCAGCCCCACUGCCACCGUUUUGUCCCGUAAAUCAAUAGAAUACAUCAGGCGCCUCAAGCGCCGCGCUAGCAUGCUUUUUGCGGGAUUGAAAACGUUGCAAGAUCUAGGGUCCGGCGAUCGGCGUCUUUCAAACAUGCAGUCCGAGUUUCUGUCAGCACUUGCGAAUUCUUGGCUUUCUCUACCUGAUCAAGCAUCGAGACUGAAAACAAUGUCAGAAAGCUGA